AUCUUAUGUAUUAGCUUGAACCAAAGCCAUACACCACACUACUCUCUCCUCUGAGCUUGCCAGAUAACCACCAUAAAAGCAAUGACCACCGUUAAAUUCCUCUGUAGCUACGGCGGGAGAAUCAUCCCGCGUUAUCCCGACAGCAAGCUACGUUACCACGGCGGCCAUACACGUGUCCUCUCCGUACAACGCUCCAUAUCCUUUGCCCAGCUGGCGAUGAAACUCGGUGAGAUAUGCGGGACGAAGGUGAUGAGUCUUCGUUGUCAGUUACCAACGGAUGAUCUCGACGCGCUUGUCACCGUAUCCUCCGACGAGGAUCUAAGCAACCUCAUGGAGGAAUAUGAUCUCGCUACUACGACGGCGUUUAAGAUCCAUGUGUUCCUUUCUCCUCCGCUUUCAACGACGUCGUCUUCUUCCUCGGACUCAUCAAACUCUCGCUCUUGCUCUCCUUCGUCUCCGUCAACUGUGAACCCGAAAACAUGUCCGGUCUGUGCCGAGAGAUCGCAUCAUCACAACACAAACAAGGGAUGCUACGUUCGAAGAUGUCCGAGCCAUGACCAGUUAUAUCUUAUCCGAAACUGAAACUCAUCACUUUACACUGUGGGCAGUAUGACUAGAAUACUUGAAUUCUUAGGAGUUACAUUAUCUAACACCGUGAGGAUCAAUUUCAUAUAAGCCAAAAGGGAACUCGAGAGUGUCUAUUUUAUCCAGCUUUAAACAAAACUAAAACGUAUUAGUUAAAAAAAAACGAGCAGUUCAUUUCC